AUGCUGUUCACCCCCGCUGCCCUGUUGGCCAUCUUCGCUAGUUUCGUUGUUGCCAGCCCGAUCUCAUUGUCGGAACGCGACCAAAAGAUCAUCAUUGGCUACAGGAGAGUCAGCAAGGAACAAGCUGCCGAUUACAAGAAGAACGGGAAUACACUCAACUACAAUCCGAGCAAAUCGACCGGUGAUAAACAGAUAGGCGCAGGUGUUUACACUUCUCCAAGCCCUGGCGAAUGGCUGAUGGGCAAAGCUGAUGAUUGGUGGUGUGUCAUCAUGGCCGAAUCUGAGCAAGUACAUAAUACCGCCGCGGUCUGGAUUCCCAAUUCCUACUAUGACUUCGAAAAGCUCUGGUUCGCAGACGAAGAUACCCUCAAGGCUUACAUCAAAGAGGUGGACGAUGGAAUCAAUCCCGAAAAGGCCUUCCGCAUGGCACGCAUGCAAGGGGAUGAGAACACUCUGCAGAUGUUGAUCCCGCCGGCACUGUUGAACAAGCAGGGAGGUGGCUUGGGUAUCACCGUCACGUGUGACCCUGACGUCAACAAGCUGCCCUCGCAUCAAGUGGACUAUGAGGAAUUCGAGCCAUCUGGCGACAAGGAUUCUGAGACGCAUUGA